AUGUUAAAAUCUAUAGUCUUAUUGUCAUGUCUUGUUUUAAUUUUGGCAUUUAUUGGAAAGUAUAUGAUAGAUUUUGGUGUAUUUCGACAUAUUGAAACAAAAGGACUUGAUAAAUGUCGAUUAAUUGUGGCACCAGAUGGAGAUGAUCUAGCAUUUGAAGAUUUUGCAAUUGAUUAUCAAAAAGGUAUUGCUUAUAUGGGUGGUGAUGAUCGUAGAUGGUUUCAUACGUUUAAUUUAUUAAAUCAAAAUAUUAAAAAACAAGGAAAAUUUUUUUCAUUUGAUAUUGAAUCAGAAACAUUUAACCAAUUAAAUCUUAUCAAUUAUCCAUAUGAACAUUUGCAUCCAUUAGGAAUUGAUUUAUUAAUCGGACGAAAGAAGCAAUUAUUUAUUACAAAUUAUCGAGUAGAUAACGAAGAAAUAAUAGGAGCUGUAGAUAUUUUUGAAAUUGAUUCAUCAAAUGAAAAUCAAUUAAUAUGGAUUGAUUCAGUUGUUCAUCCUUUAUUUACAGUACCUGAUGAUGUAUUAGCAAUUGAUGACAAGACAUUCUAUGUAACAAAUAUAUAUCGUCAUAGAAAAGAUAAAUCAAAUUUAAUGCAUACAAUUGAAGUUUUUUCUAAACGUCCUUGGUCUAAUUUAUUAUUAUGUUCAAAAACAAAUGAAUGGCAAUGUUCUAUAGUUGUUGAUUCUAUUGCUUUGGCAAAUGGUAUUGGUUGUUCAUUCGAUUUUAAGACUAUUUAUGUAGCUGCAACAGCAGAAAAACGAAUUCGUGUAUAUGAACGUCAUUAUGAAAAUAAUUCAUUAACUUAUAUACGAAGUCUUUAUGUACCAUUUUUAGUGGAUAAUAUUAUUCUUAAUGAACGUGAUCAAAUUAUUGUCGCUGGUCAUCCGAAUGCAUUAUUUUAUGUUUUGCAUGCAAACAAUCGUCAACAACAUCGUGCUCCUUCAGAAGUUGUAAUCUUUCUUGAUCCAAGAUCAAAUUCAACAUUUGAAAAUCUUUUACUUACAAAUGGUGAAUUAUUAUCAGCAUCAACUGUUGGUGGUACAUAUAAACAAAAACUUCUUGUUGGUGGUUUUGCUGAUCCUGGAAUUUUAUUAUGUCAAGAUUUAAUGUGA